CAUUGCGCCCUAAAAGUAUGCGCAAGAUCUCAUUUUUCGAGUGUUGAAUUUUAUUGUCGACAGUAAUUUUUAGAGCCAUCAUGGACAAGUUUGUUGCUUACGGUGCCUUCAAAAUGAGGAUUUGAGGUGAAGUUUAUUUUGUUUUCCAUAAAGCCCAGGCCUUAUCCUUUUCUGAACCAAAGAUUCCAGCCUCUAUACCAAGAACUCUCCAAUGAAAUUCCAGCUUCGAGCCUUCGAUAUUCAAACAUGCUCCUGAUCUCUCACCUGAAACCCUAACCUUUCACCUCUUCUCUUUCACAUCUCUCCCCUGAAACCCUUAUUUGCAAAUCUCUCUACGGUAGCAGUAUUCUUUACUUUCUUCGCAUCUGCUUUUCCCUAUUGGAAUCAAGAGAGAAGUGUGGAGAAGUAAAUGUGUUGAAUGGUGCUGCUUUCUUUACUUCCUAUUGUGGAAACUACUUCCUGCAUUUGGUGAUAUAACAGAAGAAAAUUUUUUGGAAGGGAGGAGAAGAUGAUCGUCUGUGUUGCAGUUGUUGGCCUCCAAAAUAAUCCCUUGUACCUUCAAAGCUUCACAGAGGCAGAUGAUGCCCUCAAGCUCCAUUAUAUUGUGCAUUGUUCGUUAGAUGUCAUUGAUGAGAGAGUGAAUAAUCCGAAGAAAACUGGCUCGACAAUGAAUGAGACAUUCUUGGGUCUUCUAUAUCCAACUGAGAAUUACAAAGUGUAUGGAUAUAUAACCAAUACAAAAGUGAAAUUCGUUUUAGUAACAACUGAUCUGGAUGUUAAAGAUGCAGAUGUGAGAAGUUUUUUCCGGAGGUUCCACUCAGCAUAUGUGGAUGCGGUUUCGAAUCCGUUUCACGUGACUGGGAAGAAGAUUAACUCGGUGUUUUUUGCUGAGAGAGUCCGUGACAUUGUUAAGUCUUUUGGGACAAACACAACUGUGUAAAAUGGAGCUGUUUCUUUUACAGAAACACACAACCUUUAGCAAAAAGUUGAGAUUUGAGAAGCGUACCAACUCUGACUCAGCUUUGAAGAGAAUGGCGAAGAUGAGUCCGAUCCGAAUAAAAAGUGGUGCCCGCAAAUACAUUGUACUGAGGGAGGUUAAGGAGAAAUUAGCAACAAACAUUAACAAAAAAAGAAGGGAAUUAAUUAAUCAAAUUACAAUAUUUUUUU